AUGCCUCCCAAAAAAGAAGAACCCGUCAAGAAAGUUAAGUUAGGUCGUCCCGGUAAUACCUUAAAAAUGGGUAUUGUAGGUCUUCCCAACGUUGGUAAAUCUACCACUUUCAACUUGUUAUCCAACCUUAACAUCCCCGCUGAAAACUAUCCUUUCUGCACAAUUGAUCCUAAUCUUGCUAAGGUCUUUGUAGAUGAUGAAAGAUUUGACAAGCUUUGCGAAAUUCAUAAGCCCAAGUCUAAGGUUCCCGCUACUUUGAGUAUUAUGGAUAUUGCUGGUUUAGUUCCUGGUGCCUCUAAGGGUGAAGGUUUAGGUAAUGCUUUCUUAAGUCACAUUAGAGAAACUGAUGCUAUCUACCACGUAGUUAGAGCUUUCGAUGAUCCUGAAAUUACUCACACUGAAAACGAAGUUAAUCCUGUUAGAGAUAUGCAAAUUAUUAGUGAUGAAUUAGUUUACAAAGAUUAAGAAAUCUUGGGUAAGAGAUUAGAAGAAGUAAACCAUAAAAUUAAUAGAUUCAAUGAUAAGGAUGCUAAAGAAGAAAAAGAAAUUUUAGAUAAAGUUGAUGCCUUAUUAAAGGCUAAGAAAUGGGUUCGUACUGCUGAUUGGAAUGCUACUGAAGUUGAUAUUCUUAAUAAAUAUAUGUUCUUAACUUCCAAGCCUGUUGUCUAUCUUGUCAAUCUUUCUUCUGAAGAUUACAUGAGAAAGAAAAACAAAUGGCUCGUUAAGAUCAAGGAAUGGAUUACUACUAACUGCCCUGGUGAAAUUAUUCCUUACUCUGCUGACCACGAAAAGCAAAUUCUCGAAGGAAAGCAAGAUUCUAAGACUUCUAUGAUGAGCAGAAUUAUUAAAACUGGUUACAAAGUUUUAGACUUGAUUUACUUCUUUACAGCUGGUCCCGAUGAGGUUAGAGCUUGGACUGUCCGUGCUGAAUCUAGAGCUCCUUAAGCUGCUGGUGUUAUCCACACUGAUUUCGAAAAGGGUUUCAUUUGUGCUGAAAUCAUGAAAUACGAUGAUUUCAUUGCUGCUGGCUCUGAAAAUGCAGUUAAGGCUGAAGGUAAAUACUACUAAAAGGGAAAAGAAUAUGUUGUUCAAGAUGGUGAUAUUAUUUUCUUCAAAUUCAAUGUUUCCAAGGAUGGUAAGAAAAAGUGA